UCUUUGCGGUUAGAAUCAGUCUUGUGACAUUACUCACUUUUUUUUCUCUCUGUCUGUUUCUUUGUUACGUAUGCUCACACAGAGACACGCAAACACACAUACACAAGUACGCAUUUUAUUGCACAUAGCACUUAUCUACCAGGAAACAUCAGGAAACACAGCAUCUUUACAGGUUCCUGUUAACAUUAGUCUUUCAUGAUAAGGUUGUGUCUGCUGUGUCAUUCGCAUCAGACAUCGUGCAGUCAAAAUUUGUGCACUUUAGAAUAAAAAAAAUGCAAUAAUGAUCAUUUAGAAUGAUUUAUUUGCUACUUAAUUGCCUUUCACACAGAGGGUGUAGUGACACAGUUGGCCUGUUUUAGAUUAUAUAGUCCAGGUCACACACAGAAGAGUAAAAUUACAAAUGGAACCUGCCAAAACUGGUACAUUACAUGCUUUUCAAAUGUCCAAAUCAUGCACAGCAACAUUUAAAAGAGAGAUACUGUCAGGUAAGAAGAGGUGCAGGCCACAGGGUUUCUUCUCUCUUCAUAUUGCAAAGCAAUACUGAUGCAACUUCCCUAUGAGUUUGUCUGUGUCAGCCAUCAUGAGUCAACUCCCAUCAGAAAAGGCAAAAAAAAUAAUCUCCUCUGAGUAGCCAUGAUGCAUUGGUAGCUGCACAGUUUCAGUCAAAAGGCUUCACCUAUUUAGAGGCACAUAUCACAGUUUUGGGUGUGCGCCCUCAGAGUUUAUUGACCUUCACUCGAGUUAGUGAUGUGAGAAAACACGGGUCGUGUUAAAUGAGGAAUGAGUAAACAAUGUUUCACAGAAUAGGGAACACCUCUGUCUGCUCAUGAAGGCACAAACAACACCAGCAGCUGAAAAUAGGCUGAGUUGAAGUGCGCACACAUCUGACAGAAACUGACACACAGUGAGCAUUCGGCCGUGUAACGAGGAUCUCCACUUUCACCUGUUGUAGUGGCACUGCUCCAACUCUAUGAACAGUGGUGCAGCUGAAUCCUGAUUGAAUCAUGUCAGACUCUAUACUGGAAGAAGUCUUCAUUAAAAGAUCUCAACAGAAGAAGAAGACCUCACCUUUAAACUACAAAGAGAGAUUGUUUGUUCUCACAGCAGAAAAAAUAUCCUACUAUGACUUUGACAACGACAAAAUGCAGAAGCGAAAAGGUCUGAAAGGGUCAGUUGACCUAGAGAAGAUCAAGUGUGUAGAGACAGUCCAGCCAGAGCCCAAUGCCCCACAAGAUCGCAUGUAUCCAUUCCAGGUCAUUUAUGAUGAAGGGCCACUGUAUAUAUUUUCUAAGACUGAAGACACCCGGGCUCAGUGGAUAAAGAAGCUCAAAGAAUUGGUGCGCUUCAACAGCGAUCUGAUGCAGAAGUACCAUCCGUGCUUCUGGGUUGAUGGGGUGUGGUUGUGCUGCCACCAGGAAGUUAAACAGGCCAUGGGUUGCAAAGUGCUCGAUAGUAAGAAUGGAGUGACAUCACAGCUAUCUCGAAGGUCAACAAGGAAGCCGCUUCCUCCAACCCCAGCAGAGAAAAAGCCUGCUCGUCCUUUACCUCCACAGCCUCCUGACCCACCAGCUUCCUCUGCAGGCAUGACUGUUGUAGCUGAGUACAGUUACACACCCAUGACACCACAAGACCUGGAGCUAAGGAAGGAUGAGGAGUACACCAUCCUGGAAAAGUCCGAUGCAAACUGGUGGAGAGCUCGAGACAAAUAUGGAAAAGAGGGUUAUAUACCAAGCAAUUAUGUUGUAGAAGCUGAAGAUGGGCUAGAAAGAUUCGACUGGUAUUGCAAGAAUAUGAACCGUAGUCAAGCAGAAAAACUGUUAAAGGCUGAGAACAAAGAUGGAGGCUUCUUGGUGCGGGACUCCAGCAAGGCUGGGAAAUACACUGUGUCUCUGCUCACAAGGGGUGGCGGGGAAGCUGUUGGAAGCUGCCGACAUUAUAACAUCUGCACCACCCCGCAGGGCCAGUAUUACUUGGCAGAAAAGCAUAAUUUUAACACCAUCGCAGAGCUCAUCAACUAUCACCAGCACAACGCAGCAGGCAUGGUUAGCAGACUGAAACACAUCGUAUCUAACCGGGCACGGCCCCCAUCCACGGCAGGUCUUGGUUAUGGUGUGUGGGAGAUUGACCCACGCCACCUCACCUUCAUCAAGGAGUUGGGAUCUGGACAAUUUGGAGUGGUGAAGUAUGGGAAGUGGCAGGGACAGCAUGAUGUGGCCAUUAAAAUGAUUAAAGAGGGCUCCAUGUCAGAAGAUGAUUUCAUAGAAGAAGCAAAAAUCAUGAUGAAGCUUCGCCAUGAGAACCUGGUCCAGCUCUAUGGCGUGUGCACCAAACAAAGGCCUAUUUAUAUAGUGACUGAGUACCUUGCAAACGGCUGCCUCCUCACAUACCUCAAGGAGGGCCUGAAGCAGCACCCAACAAGCAUCCAGCUGCUAGAGAUGUGUAAAGAUGUCGCUGAGGGCAUGGCCUACCUCGAGUCACACCAGUACAUCCACAGAGACCUGGCUGCCAGGAACUGUUUAGUAGAUGGAAAUGGCACUGUCAAAGUGACUGACUUUGGGCUAUCAAGGUAUGUUUUAGAUGAUGAAUACACAAGCUCGGUUGGCUCAAAGUUCCCUGUCCGCUGGUCGCCACCCGAAGUCCUUCUUUACUGCAAAUUCAGCAGUAAGUCUGACAUCUGGGCAUAUGGGGUUUUAAUGUGGGAGGUGUACACUCUGGGACGGCUUCCUUAUGAGCGCCUCAACAACACGGAAAUAGUGGACCAGGUGUCCCGGGGCCUGCGCCUCUUUCGCCCCCAGUUGGCCAACGAAAGAGUUUACAGCAUUAUGUCAAGCUGCUGGCUUGAUAAAGCAGAGGAGAGACCAAACUUUCAGGAGCUGGCGCUGACCGUUCAGGAUCUGCUAUAUGAGCUCCAGUAGGACUCCGAAUAAUGUAUCAGCACAAAACAUCGACAGUUC